GUGAUACUACACGCGUGCUGCUUGCCAGGGCAAAGGCAGCUCAUGCAGUGUUCAGUGUAGCUGGGGAGAGAAGGGUGCACUCAGGCAACUGAAGCAAAGGACCAUCUGAAGACCAAAUUGUAAAUUACUUUUCUUACUAAACAUAAAAUUUUUGAUGUGGCUUCUGAAAUCAAGCAAAAACUUUUUGUUUGGAUUCUUCUCUACAGUCAGCAAUAUUGUUAAACUUUCUUCACUGAAGAUAAUUUUUUUACAGAAAAUUUUAGUUUUUAUGUACAGGCAUAAGUUAGUGUAGCUCUUGGUGUCUCUAAGUGCUAGUGUUGAUGAUAGUAUUGAAAAACCUGCUUCUGAAGACUGUUAUGUAAGAUGACCAGAUGAAUGAAAUGACUCCUGAGUGAAAAGAGAAUCAGGUGCUUGUGUUGUUAAGAGGAGAGCUCAAAUACCUGUUUUUAAACUCUUUCCUGAAAUGGGAUUUUUCUUAUGAAAUCUUGCCUCUGAAGAUCUGUAAUAAGCGUGUUAUACAGGAUUUUUCUGUAAACUCACAACUUUUUGUUGGGAUUGAUUGAAGUACUUAACUGAGGAAAAAAAAUUUCGGAGGAAAAUGUUUUCUGUUGAGAUAGCAGUUUAUUAAUAAGUGAUAAAAGCUGCAGCCUUUUUUUUUUUUUUCGGAGCUGUUGCAUCUGCCUGACUCCUGAAAAGAAACAUGAAGAUCUUAAAGCAUGUUAUGAAUAAUCUUUCAUUUAGUAGAACUACCUGGAAUUGGCACAUUCAGGAUCCAGCAAGCCAGCGGUUGACGUGGAACAAACCUCCCAAGAGUGUCCUUGUUAUUAAAAAGAUACGUGAUGCCAGUCUCCUGCAGCCUUUUAAAGAGCUUUGUGUGUAUCUUACUGAGGAAAACAAUAUGAUAGUGUAUGUAGAAAAAAAAGUAUUGGAAGACCCCGCAAUAGCUAAUGAUGAUAAUUUUGGACCAGUGAAGAAGAAAUUUUGCACCUUCAGAGAAGAUUAUGAUGAUAUCUCCAAUCAGAUAGACUUUAUCAUAUGCCUGGGAGGAGAUGGGACCUUACUUUAUGCUUCUUCGCUUUUCCAGGGUAGUGUACCUCCAGUUAUGGCUUUUCAUCUGGGAUCCCUUGGAUUUCUUACUCCAUUUAAUUUUGAGAAUUUUCAGUCCCAAGUCACUCAGGUUAUAGAAGGCAAUGCAGCGCUUGUUCUCCGAAGCAGGCUGAAGGUGAAAGUAGUAAAAGAGCACAGAGAGAAAAUGACAGUACAGAAUGGUAUAGAAGAAAAUGGAGUAGUGUCUACAAAUACAGAGAAAGAAGUGGGCAAGCAAAUUAUGCAAUAUCAGGUCCUAAAUGAAGUUGUAGUGGAUCGUGGUCCUUCUUCUUACCUUUCCAAUGUAGAUGUCUUUCUAGAUGGACACCUGAUAACAACAGUGCAAGGAGAUGGAGUCAUUGUCUCCACGCCAACUGGUAGCACUGCAUAUGCAGCUGCAGCAGGAGCUUCUAUGAUUCAUCCAAAUGUUCCUGCAAUAAUGAUCACCCCAAUCUGCCCUCACUCAUUGUCUUUCAGACCUAUUGUUGUUCCUGCUGGAGUAGAACUCAAGAUUAUGCUUUCCCCAGAUGCCAGGAAUACAGCAUGGGUUUCAUUUGAUGGAAGGAAGAGACAGGAAAUAUGCCAUGGAGACAGUAUUAGCAUCACUACCUCUUGCUAUCCCCUUCCUUCGAUCUGUUUCCGAGAUCCUGUGAGCGACUGGUUUGAAAGCUUGGCUGAGUGUUUACACUGGAAUGUUCGGAAGAAGCAAAAUAACUUUGCUGUUGAAGAAGAAGAAUUUUGAGUGUCUACAUCUAACAGGACUCAUGGGAAUGGGAAGUGGCAGUAUCCCUUCUAUAUGCUUGGAUAUAUAAGUUUCUGGGUAACAAGUGUGGUCACCAUCUCAGAUAUAUAUAUAUAUAUAUAUAUAUAUAUAUAUAU